UUAUCAAUACAGAAAUUUCUUUGGGCAUUCAUUUUUUGUAGUCUAGGCUUACUUGACUGCAGAUUCAUCCAACAUGUCUUUGCAAAGAUUUUCAAGGAUCUUGUUGUCAAGAUAUGUCCAACCUCAUCGUGGAAUACACCUUGCUGCUUUAAAUGCCAAUCGGCCCAGUGCUUCAUCAGACGUCGGUGUUAUUGGAUACAGACAAAUAGAAAAGAGAGCACAUGAAGCGGGAGAGGAUCCUUUCGAUUCAUUGGAUCGUGAUAAGCCACAUAACCUUAAAGGAAGUGGCACAAAAAGUGAUCCGUUCCUUGUGCCAUCAAGAAACCAUAUGCGAUGUGUCACUGUCCAGCUUGGUGAGGAAAGUGCACCACCACAUUAUUUUUGGGUGACAAAAGAUGAAGGUGGACGAGAUCCCAUCACUGGAAAACACUUUAAACUAGAUUUUAUCGAGGGAGACAAAUGGGGAAUUGAUGAACUAGAUCUGUUUAAACAUUGAGUUAUUAAAUUUUUUAUUCACAUUUUUGAGUUUGACUAUGAAAAUAUGUCACAUGUGUUCCAUAAACAAUAAUAUACCAUCUGAUCUCUGAA